AUGUCCGACAAUGUCGGCCUCUCGACGCCGCGCGGCUCCGGUACCUCCGGGUACGUGCAGCGUAACCUGGCACACAUGAGGCCACGCGACAACGCCGCGCCCUACGCCCCACGCAACGAUGUCGACACCCUCCGGCACAAGCCGCGCCAGCCGGAUAAGGGUCUUUUGGAACAUGAGCGCAAGCGGGAGGUUGAGGUCAAGGUGUUCGAGCUCAGGGACAAGCUCGAGGAGGAGGAGGUUGACGAAGAGGAGAUUGAUUCCCGCUGCGGCGAGCUGCGUAAGAAGCUGCUGGCCGAGAUGGAGAAAAACCAGGCCGGUGAUGGGAGGAGGGGAGGGGUUGGGCCGAAACGAAACUUGAAGAUGCAUCAGGUGCAUGAGCUGGCCGACGCGAAGAUCAAAGAAAGCGAGCGGUUGAGGCAGGCGCUCAAGAUCAGCAAGGACUACGAAGAAGGGGGGCAUUGGAGGAGGCAAGAAGAGAGGCUGAAGAAGAGUCUAGAGCAAGAGGCGGGCGGGGUCACGGACGGGGUCAAAGACGAGGGCGAGAGGGAGAGGAGUCGGGAUAGGUAUUGA